GCUGGAGCUGCGGCGAAGGGCGAGGCUCGGAAACUCUGCUCCCGGACUGUCCCGCGACUCUGCCCGGUACUGCCGCUGCUCCUGCUGCCGCUGCUGGUCCUCUGGUUCUGUUCCUCUAGUUCUGUUCCUCUGGUUCUGUUCCUCUGGUUCUGUCUCGGUUCGGUUCAGUUUACACAAGUUUUCUUCAGUUUUCGGAGUUUUCUGCGCCUGCGCACGGAGAGGAUGGUGACGCUGGAGACGCACCAGAGCCAAGAGCUGCAGGUCCCGAGCUCUGACCCAGGACCGAGUCUGGACCCGAGUCUGGACCCGAGUCUAGACCCGAGUCUGAACCUGAACCAGGUCCUAGACCCUAGUCUAGACCUGAACCAGGACUCGGGUCCGAACGCCAUCACGGUCCUCACGCUGCUGGACAAACUGGUGCUAAUGCUGGACACGGUGCAGAGGGACCAGCACAACAUGGAGGUGCAUCAGGUGCAGAUGGAGAGUGUGGUCAGAGGGAUCCAGGCCGACAUGACCAAACUGUCCAAGAGCCACAGCCACACAGCCAAUACGGUCAGCAAACUACUGGACAAGAGCAAGAAGCUGUCUGUGACUAUGAAAGAGGUGCGUGCUCAGAUGGAGAAACAGGGCGCUCAGGUGAAGAAACUGGAGGCAAACCAUGCCCACCUCAUUGACCGCAACCAGUUUAGAGUUUUAAUCUUUCAGGAACAGACCGAGAUCCCGGCCUCGGUCUUCGUCAAAGACCAGCCGCCGUUUCCUCGCGAUGACAUCACAGAAGAGGGGGAGGAGCCUCAGCCGGAGGGGGCGGGGCUUCACACCAUCGAUUUAUCAUCAGACGAGGAGGCGGGGUUGGAAGCAGAGCUCGACGACGACUGGCCCCAAGACCUGGAACUUGAAAAUCUGGAACCGACGAGAGCCGAGAAACUGAAACGAUCCAGCCUCAAGAAGGUGGACUCUCUCAAGAAGGCGUUUUCAAAGCAGAACAUCGAGAAGAAAAUGACGAAGAUCGGAACCAAACUUGUGUCAGUGGAACAACGCCAGAAACUCAAACUCAAGUCUCCUGUUUCAUUUGGACUCAAGAAGUCUCGUGGCUCAGCUGAGAUUCAGGUGGAGACUCUAGAGGCCGUGGCUGAGACCAUGGACUCGCCUGAUGCUCUGCCCCAGGACGAUGCUCCAUCUGUGGGGCACGAGGAGCAGGAGGCCCCAGUGGAGCUGGACCAGAGCUUGGACCAAAGCCAGGACCAGAGCCAGGACCAGAGCUUGGACCAGAGCCAGGACCAGGAGAGCGCUGAGGGCAUGAGCGCGGACUACGCCCUGUCCUCCACCCUGCCCCAAGACCAAGAACCAGACCAGGGUCCAGACCAGAGUUCAGACCAAGAUCCAGACCAGGAUCCAGACCAGAGCCCCAAAAUAGAUCUAGAGAAGGACCUGGAGGAGGAGCCAGAGAAGAAACUGGAGCCAGAGGAGAAUGUCCAGGGCGGGGCCAGAGGCGAGUGGGAGGAGUGAUGUUCUGCAACAAAAGUCCUGUUUGAGAAAUACAGAAUAAAUAUAUUAUCAUACAUAUAAGAGCACUUUUAAUAGUUGCUAAAAAUAGAUUGUGACGUCACCUCACAAAGCAUUAUGGGAGACGCUUUUAGACAAACGGCAAAACCGCUGUGUCCUCCACCUGCUAACACUAACCCUGCUAACACUAACCCUUCUAGCACUAAUUGUCAGAACAGCCUCCUCAUUCACAGUCCUAAGUCCUAACUUGUUUUCUAACUUUUCUGUGUGUGUCAUGUCCCUGUGUAAUAGAGCUGCAUUCAUGAUCUUGGAAACUCGGAAAUAGCCACAUAAUCAUCCAACUUUCUAAAAUCAGAGGGUUCAUGAGAGCAGCCUGUGAAGCGCUCGUGCAACAACCAUUCAUUUCAUUCAAAUGGGGAGUUGUUCAGAAACCCUGUAGUUGUAAACAGAGAAUUAUGUGACGGGAUGCUGUUUCUUAUGGGGAAAUUGAAGAUAACUAAUUAUCUAGGAAGCUUUUGCAAAGUUGUAUUGCUGAGUAAGAAUUACAUAGAAUAUAAAGCUAAAUUUGUCUUAAAUGUCUUAAAUUUUUUAAGUAAAACCAUUGGUGUAAUAUAGUAUAAAUUCCCUCUCAGUUUGUCUCCACGCUGUUCUCCAAUCCCAAUCAGACUCAUGUCUUGGUGACAUAAACUCGGGAAUUCUAAGACCAGUGCUUCCACACGAGUUUCUCAGUUGAAAUUCCCAUCUGAGUUGCACUGAGUUGUGUUCAUUCCUGUUUUUCCAAGUUGAAGGCCAGCUCUUCUGCAUUUCCAAGAUCACAUGAAUGCAGCAAUAGUCUUAAGGUUAUGACAUAAUCUGUUUUUUUUUUUUCCUGUGGACUGUGGCGACGCAGCACUACUUUAAAUCUCUAUGUUUUUUCACUAUCCCAGAAAAGUGCAGUUUCACUCAAAUGUGAUUCAGGCCUUUUCUUAAAUAUAAUAUUAUAUUUCUCUUGCUCGCUCUCUCAUAUACAAAACUGAUUCAUAUAACCCAGGUCUCAACUAACUACUUUAGACAUAUAGAACUGCACUAGUCUCCUCACUCCCAGUUAAUAACUCUAUCCAAUGGCUCUGGACUAUGACUCUCCCUUUUAUCUUUAUUCAUUCUCUUUCUCUCUCCUACACUCGCACUCACUUGCAGACAUACAUAUACUGCCAUGCCUCUUCUUUCUUUUUCUCAACCCCCUAUCCAAUUUUGUUUAUUUUAUAUCUACUUCUUAUUUUCAAGUUUCAACAUUUUUUUCCUGUUAUCAGUUCAUUCAAAUGAUGCAUUUACUGUCUGCUCUGUCUUGGUUUUGCACACCUAACACAAACACAUGUGCAUACAGACACCAAACACAUUAACAUUUGUCACUUGGAAUGUGCGUGGCAUUCGCACACAGGCGAAAAAGAAAAAAAUCUUCAGCGAACUUCAUAAACUAAAACCAGACAUAUGCCUUCUACAAGAAACUCACUUAUCAAAUUCAGAUCUUGAUCUACUACAAUUUAAAGAAUUUAACAGUAUAUAUUCAUCUACAUACAACAGCAGACAACGAGGAGUAUCAAUCUUAAUACACAACAAACUUAUAUUCAACCAUCUCUCGACAAUAACUGACCCUGAGGGACGGUAUGUCAUCAUCAAUGGCACCAUGUCCAACAAUAAAUUUACAAUAGUUAAUAUAUACGGACCUAACACCGACGACCCCUCAUUUUUUCACUGUAUAUUCUCAAAAUUAAACGAAGCUUCAAAUAUAAUCAUCGCUGGAGACUUCAACACAGUACUGGAUUCAAACCUUGACCGCUCACACAUCGCAGGACAUAAUAGACACUGGCAUUCCACAGACACAAUAAAACAAUACAUGACAGACUUUGGACUUGGCGAUAGUUGGAGAUUGUCACACCCACACAAAAAACAAUACACACACUCUUCUGCGGUACAUCAUUCUUCCUCAAGAAUUGACUAUAUCCUCAUAAGCAAUAUUCUCUUGUCUAAUAUAAAAGAAACCACAAUUCAUCCUAUCUCAAUUAGUGACCAUGCACCAGUCAGUCUAACACUACAAUUUCAUUACUACACCAAACCUUCCUUGAGAUGGCGCUUCAAUCUUUCACUACUCAAAGACUCAGUAUUCAAUAUGAUGGUAGAGAGGGAGUGGGCAUCCUUCAUGGAACUGAAUGACUCCCCGGAGACCACUGCAAUAACACUCUGGGAAACCGGUAAAGCAUAUUUAAGAGGGAAAAUUAUUUCAUAUUCAACCUACAAAAAGAAAAAACAAAUAGAAUUAGAACAACAAUUACAUCAAAAGAUAAUAACAUUGACAGAAAACGGAAAUAUGCCUGAAUUGAGAAACACACAACUACAACUAGACAAAAUUUUACAGGAAAAAAACAACUUUAUUAUGCAACAACUCCAAUAUGAACUUAUUGAAAAACAUAAUAUAUCUGGUAAAUAUCUUGCAAACUUACUUCAAAGAAAAAAAGACAAAUCAAUAAUUCCAUCAAUACAGACCUUUGAAAAUCAAAUCACUCAUGAUCCACAAGAAAUUAAUAACACAUUCCGUAUGUUCUACAAGAACUUAUAUUCAUCAGAAAAAGAAUCCAAUCCAACAGCAAUUAAAUCAUUUUUCCAAAACAUAAACCUACCACAAUUACCCUCCGAUAUGGCUGAAUUCUUAGAUGCACCAUUAUCACUGCAAGAUCUCCAUAAAGCCCUCCUUCAGAUGCCCAACAACAAAGCCCCCGGUCCCGACGGAUACCCCCCUGAAUUUUAUAAGCACUU